AAAAAAAAUUUUAUUAUUAUUUUAUUAUUAUUAAUUUUUUUUGUUAAUAGAGGAUGAUUGAAUUUAAAUUUAAAUAUUUGAUUCUAUCAUGUAUUCUUUUACAUUAUUUCAUCGAUAUUUCUAUUCAACAAUCAGCAUAUGAUGAUGGUACUAGUGGAUUAGACGAACCUCCUCCAAUAUGGACAUGUAAUGGAACAGAUUUAACAGUUCGUUCAUACGAUGGUACCUGUAAUAAUAUUUUACAUAAUAAUUGGGGAGCACCAAAUCGUGUAUACGAUCGUGGAUUCUUCCCUGCAUAUUAUCAAGAUAAUUUCUCUGGCGCUCCAAAAUUAACUAUUGAUUGUAGACAACUAAGUAAUGUGUUAGGUGAUAAUGGUUUACCUCCAACAUUUACUGGUAAUCCAUUAGGUGAUGAUGUUCUUAGCACUACAAGAAAGAAUAUAUUUGAAAUUUUCUUUGGACAAUUAAUUAAUCAUGACCUUGAAGAUGCUGCUCUUCAAAGUUCAACACCUGGAAUUUCUAUUGCUGAUGUAACCAAUGAUAUUGUAUAUAAUACUCAACCUGGUAAUAUAUGGAAUCCUAAUGCAACUCAAUAUAUGACAGCAACUCUUUCACUUGGAAGAGUAUUAAAUUCAACACUUUAUCCUGCAAAUAAGGCAAAUUCAUAUCUUGAUCUUUCUGCAGUUUACGGAAAUAAUCCUGAUGAUGGUGAUGGUUUACGUGAUAAGAAAGAUGGAACAUUGACUUUAUCAAAAUUUGUAGCAAAUGGUGGUGUAUAUAAUGCAAAAAUAUUAAAUAUUACCGUAGAAAAUGUUGCUCCAAGUCCACAAGAUACAAAUGUAUUCCCAAGUUUAAAUGCUCCUCCAAUUCCUGUUGAACAAGCAAUGGUUAGUGGUGAUUCUAGAGCUUCCGAAAAUGUUCAAUUGGCCAUUAUGCAUACUAUUUGGAUAAGAGAACAUAAUUUUCAAGCAAAACAAGUUGUUGCAAAAAAUCCGAAAUUAGUUGGAAAUGAUGAAGCAAUUUAUCAACAAGCACGUAGAAUGACAAUUGCAGAAUAUCAACAUAUCGUAUAUGAAGAAUUUUUACCAGCUGCACUUGGAUUUAAAAUGCCUCCUUAUGGUGGUUACGAUCAAAAUAUUUAUGUUGAUACUUCAGUUGUAUUCGCCGCUGCUGCUUUCCGUUAUGGUCACUCUCAAGUUCGUCCUUAUAAUAUUGUUGACGGAUGUACAGAAGAACUUAUUCCUUUACAUCCAGAUUAUCAAACUGCAGAUUCUCAUCCAAAUAGAUUCUUUUAUAUCGGUAGAUCUAUUUCUGUUGACCCACCACCAAAUUCUCCGUUAACUCAUGAUCAACUUGAUUAUACUCCCGCUCGUAUGAUUGCUUUAGCUGGUGGAACUUCAAAUGGUGUUGAUAAUAUUGUUGUUAGUAUGUUGAGAGAAUUAGCCGCCGAAUUUGAUUUAUUAAUUACAACUCCUAUAAGACAUAUGCCUGCUCUUAUUGAUUUAUUCGCCGUAGACAUUGCAAGAGGUCGAUUGUCUGGACUUCAACCUUAUAAUCAAUAUCGAGCAGUUUAUCAUCCAGCAGGAGAUUUAUACAGUAAUCCAGUAUGUGAUAUAAAUGCAGCAGAAGAUUCCAUAGAAUGUUUCUCAUUAAUAACCAGUAACUUAACGGUAGCAACAAAUCUUAAAAGCUUUUAUACAAAAGUUAAUCUUAUCGAUGCUAUAAUUGGAAUGUUUGCAGAAGAUAAACAAUCACCAACAGCUCCACUUCCACCAACAAUUGCAAAUAUAAUUAAAGAAGAAUUUGAAAAGAAACGUUACGGUGAUAGAUUUUGGUAUGAAGGAGAUACUUUUACCGCAGAAGAAAAAGCUUUAAUUAAAACUGUAACCAUGAAAACAAUUAUUGAAAGAAAUACAAAUGUUAUUAAUGUACAAGCUAAUGCUUUCAAAAAUCCUGGUGUAAAUGAUCCAAUGCCCGUUGUAGGAAAAUGUCCAAAAGGACCCGCCAAGGGCGCGAAAGCAAAAGGAACAGCCACUGAUGAUGGAGUACCAGCUAAAGCGGCAGCACCAGCACCAGCCAAAGGAGCACCUGCCAAAGGAGCACCUGCCAAAGCCAAAGCAGCACCUGCCAAAGCAGCACCAAAAGCUAAGGGAGCAUAAAUAAUAUUAAUUUUGUAAAUCUAUAAUGGCAUAAAAAAAAAGGGUGUCAGUUAUUUAGUUAUAAAAUAACAGAUGAAAUAUGUAUAUAUAUCUUUUUAAAUUGUAUUUCUUUUCGAAAUUUUUUCUUUUUUCUUUCUUUUUUUUCCUGGCGAAUUUGGAGUUUUUUUUUUUAAUAAUUAACUUAUUAUACAUAGAUUAAUUCAUAUAUAUAUAAAUAUAUAAAAAGUAUCGAAAAAACAUUAUAACAGAUAAUAAUAUUUUUUAUAUAGUCUGUGAUUUAUUUAAAUGAUGUUUUAUAUUGAACACGUCAAUUUAAUUAAUAAAGUUUAAAAUUAAAU